AUGCAGGCGAACAGCAGCGCGUCUCCGCCCGGCUCGAGCCCAUGCGCUCUGGGCGCGGACGAGGGCGACGACCCGUGGAACCGGAGCGAGCUCUCGCUGCGCUGCUGGCUCCAGCUGCUUUCCAAGGACCCCGCCGUGGAGGCGCACGCGGACGGCGCGAGCGCAGCGCUGCGCGUGGCCAUCGCACUGGUGUACCUGGUGGUGUGCGCGCUCGGCCUGGUGGGCAACGUGCUAGCGCUAUGCGUGCUGCGCUCGCGCCACAGCCUGCGGCGCUCCUCCAUCAACUGCUUCGUGAUGAGCCUCGCGGCCACGGACUUGCAGUUCGUCCUCACGCUGCCCUUCUGGGCUGUGGACACGGCGCUGGACUUCCGUUGGCCUUUCGGCAAGCUCAUGUGCAAGCUCGUGAGCUCAGUGACCACCAUGAACAUGUACGCCAGUGUCUUCUUCCUCACGGCCAUGAGCGUCGCGCGCUACUGCGCGCUGGCUUCUUCGCUGCGCACGGCCCCGGACGCGGCCGCGUGCGGCGGUGGCGGCGGCGCCCGGCGCGCCAGCGUGGCCAUCUGGCUCGUGGCGCUGGCCGCCACGCUGCCGCACGCCGUCUACUCCACUACAGCGCGCGUGGCCGAUGACGACGAACUGUGCCUUGUGCGCUUCCCGGACACGGGCGGCUGGGACCCGCAGCUGCUGCUCGGCCUCUACCAGACGCAGAAGGUGCUCCUGGGCUUCCUCGUGCCGCUGGUAGUGAUCUGCGCGUGCUACCUGCUGCUGCUGCGCUUCGUGUUAAAGAGGCGCGUGAGCAGCGGCGCGCCGCCCAGCUCGGAGGAGCGCGAGCGCGGCCGGCGUCGGCGCCGCUCGCGCGUCACCAAGUCCGUCACGGUCGUCGUGCUGUCUUUCUUCGUGUGCUGGCUGCCCAACCAGGCGCUCACGCUGUGGGGCGUGCUCAUCAAGUUCGACCUCGUGCCCUUCAGCAAGGCCUUCUACAACGCGCAGGCCUACGCGUUCCCGCUCACCGUGUGCCUCGCGCACACCAACAGCUGCCUCAACCCAGUGCUCUACUGCCUCGUGCGCCGCGAGUAUCGCGCCGGGCUCAAGCAGCUGCUGCUUAAGGCCGCGCCGUCCGCGCGCACCCUAGCCAGGCUCGCGCGCAGAGGCAAGAAGGUGGCCGAGGCGCCGCCGCCACCCCCGUCUACGCAGGGACUGGCCGUGGUGCGCGUGGACGGGGCAUUGUGA